AUGGAUCCGGCUGGCCAUAUCCUCCUCGCAGCACAUGACCUGUAUGCGCGAGCAAAUACAACCAACGGAACAAGCACGACCGAAGACAGCCAGAACCACGCCUCAAGACCCCCGAUAUACAAGGCCAUUGGUAUUAUUCUAGCAGUAUGCUCUGGAGUCUUCAUUGGAACAUCAUUCGUAUUGAAGAAGCAUGGAUUGCUCAAGGCAAAUGAGAAAUACAACGAGGCUGCUGGCGAGGGCUACGGUUACCUCAAGAAUGGUUGGUGGUGGACUGGAAUGAUCUUGAUGAUUAUAGGCGAGAUAUGCAAUUUUGUGGCAUACGCGUUUGUGGACGCUAUCCUGGUUACUCCUUUUGGAGCGCUCAGCGUCGUCAUCACUACAGUAUUAUCUGCAAUCUUCCUCAAAGAGCGUCUCAGUUUUGUUGGUAAGGUUGGGUGCUUUCAAUGUGUGAUUGGCGCCGUCAUCAUUGCUUUGAAUGCUCCCGAGCAAUCUUCUGCUGCCAACAUUCAGCAAAUGCAACAUUUUGUCAUCGCACCUGGCUUCUUGACAUAUACCGGAGUUGUCAUUAUUGGGUGUAUCUUUACUGCUCUGUGGGCUGGUCCCCGCUACGGCAACAAGAGCAUGUUUGUCUACCUUACCAUUUGCAGUCUGAUAGGAGGACUCAGUGUCGUUGCGACACAAGGUCUUGGUGCUGCUAUUGUUGCUGCAAUUGGCAAGACUACGCCAGUCAACCAGUUCAAGCAAUGGUUCCUCUGGGUGUUGCUGGUCUUCGUCAUUUGUACGCUAUUGACUGAGAUUAUCUAUCUCAAUAAAGCGCUGAAUAUCUACAACGCCGCCCUUGUCACCCCAACAUACUACGUCUACUUCACUUCUGCCACCAUUAUUACCUCAGCAAUCUUAUUCAGGGGCUUCGGUGGCAGCACAGUAGGCAUUGUAAGUGUGAUCAUGGGCUUCCUGACAAUCUGCUCUGGAGUGGUAUUACUACAGCUCGCGAAGUCUUCAAAAGAUGUACCAGACUCAGCCGUGUUCAAAGGCGACUUGGACCAAGUCCGCACCAUCGCCGAGCAGGAAGAGCCUGAGAGCGAGCCCCGUGCCGACACUAUUCGUGGUGGUGCAGCAAUCGUUCGUGCGCUGAGCAGGAAGCGCACCAUGAAACAGCUUGACGAAGCGCGCACAAUCGCCAGCGAACAUAUGGAGCCCAUCGGCGAGGACGAUACAGUCUACUUCGAUGGUUUACGACGCCGCAAAACUGUCGUGGGCUCAGGCGACCAUCGGCCACUUCAGCACGCGAACACAUCUCACCCUCCUUUGGGAAUGACGCACUUCCCGGAUGACGAACACACUGACAAUAGUGACAGUGACAACGAUGUGCAUCCAGGCUUCCUCCCUCGGUUCCGCCGCAGCAAGAAGAAGUCACGACACCCAUCCAGAGAGCACUCUCUGGUAGAGAUGAAACCACCACUCACCCUCAAGCCCAAAUCCACCUUCUCAACGGUAGCCAGCGACGAACCGGAACGCGAACACGUCUAUGGACUACCAUCUGGCCUCCGCUCACCAAACCUCGAUACAGAUACUUCCUACAAGGGUGGUAGCGCAAUCCACUGGACAACCAGCAUCGACGAGCGCGAACGAGAACGAGCAAUGAGUCAAGGCAGUUCCCUCAUGCCUCCCAAACCACCCCCCCACGCCCGACCAGACUCCUCCGGCAAACGCACCUUCAGUUUCCAAAACGUCUUCCACCGCAAUAAGCACGGCGAGGAAGAAGCAGACGAUGGCGCUAUCCGUCCGAUCUCCCGUGGUGCCCUGAGCUUCGCCAGUAGGAAAAGCGAUAGUUCACAUCACCGCCCCAGCAGUCGCAACAACGCUUCCGAAGAAGAGAGAUUAGGUCUCGUAACCGGAGAUGCCGCGUCCCCGUCCAACAGCGCUGGCAAGAACAAGCAAGCCAAAUACGAAGGGCUUCCCAUCUACGAAGCCGAGGAUGACGACGACUGGCUCGUCACCAGCGGUAGAAGCGAAAGUCCAGAAGAUGUCAUGGGAGAUCUAGGACGCGUGCGGAUGGACAGAAGUCGCAGUCGUAGUGACGACAGCAACUAUGAACGUUAUGACGAUGACGAUCUGGGAUACCUAAAGCCCAAGAAACCCAGCGGGCUUUGA